AUGCGGGCUCUUCUCACACUUCUCAUCGUCUUCGGCAUUAUCGCACCGACGUUCCAACUCGUCAACGUGCGCUUCAUCAAGAAUGACGACCCCAAGGAGGUCGAUGUUGUCAUGGUUGGCACCACAGUUCCGACAUCCGCUGCUGAGAACGGCGACUAUUCCGAAGAGCAGGAGAACGACUCUGACGAGCGAUUAGGAUUUGAAGAGGUCAGCAUGGGAAAGCGGAGCAUAGCGUUGGGACGCAGCGGAUUUCGCCCCGGUAAGCGAAGCAUCACGGACAUUUCUGGCGAGGAUAUCAAGGGAUAUGCGAUGGCGGCGAAGCGCUCGAUGGCAAUUGGCCGACACGGACUUAGGCCAGGAAAACGUUCAAUGGCCUACGGUCGCCUUCACUUCCGCCCUGGAAAGCGCUCAAUGGCCUAUGGGCGUCAAGGAUUUCGCCCUGGAAAACGCGCCAUGAUCUACUACCCAUUCCCACAAUUUCGUCUUUGA